AAGUCAUCAACAAUCCUCUGUAGUGUUCUAUCUACGCGCUACGUUGUUCAUUUCUGUGCUCUGUUAUGAAGCCUUAAAAAUAUUCCCGUUAUAUGUUAAGAGCUAUAUAUUUUUUGUAAUGACAAUAACGACAUUGGCAUAUCGCAAAUUUCGAGGUCGCAUAUGGAUUUGUUUUGAUUUGAUGACGCGCUGUAAAUAUUUUCCGUAUUGUUGACGUCAAAAAUUUUCAAUGACAAUUUUUUAUAAUAUUACAAAUCAAAUGAUAUCUUUUUGCAACUAGUCACGUUAAUAUUUUACUCAUAAGAUGCAUUGUCAGUUCAAUGGAGUCGGAUCAAUGGGAGAUUCCAACAGGAAAACUAGUGACACGUUGCCCAAACCCGGAAAAGUCGAUGCAGUGUGUAAGGAAUGGAUAGUUCACGAAGAUGGUGCAUUGGCCUAUCAAUUACAAAAACUGGAAGUGGACAAACAUUACAAUGACAAUCGAUCACGAAAUGCUAUUGUUCGGCAAGACUUACCAACUGCUCGAGAAGAGCAAGAACGUGAAAUACGUGAAGCUGAACAACGUUAUUGUGCUUUCAUUAAAGAACAGGAGAAGAGAGAUCUUAAAUUAGCAUUGGAGUUAGCGGAACAUAUAGCAAAGAAAAAAAAUGCCAAUGAACUUAGCUUAAAAAUGCCUACUCCAAUAGAAAAUGUUCGACAUGGUAUUUUAAAAAAAUCAAGUUAUCCAGUUCAUGUGAAUAGCAGGUUAGAAGAGACUAAAGAAUAUACCGAGUUAGAUAUUGAUGAUAUUUUAAAUGAUAUUGAAUAUGAAGAAGAAUGUAAGCGACAUAUACAAGAAGAAAAAGAUGCUGAAUUGGCAAGGAGACUUCAAGAACAGGAACGUCCUUUAUCUGUUGAAGAUCGAGAUAGAUUAAUUGCUAUUGAAACACAAGAUUGUGAGUUGGCUAAACUUUUACAAGAAAAGGAAAAGGCAAAGUUAAGGAGAGCACGCGAAAAAGCAAAACAAAAAGCAUUAUUAAGAAAAUACCAGCAAUUAGAAAAGUUACCUGAAAGUGAAAGUCCCGUUCAACCUGAAUCACUUUCUAAUAUUGCAAUUGCUAUUGAUCCUACCUAUAGUCCUAGGAAUUUAGAAGCAUAUGAGGCACCUACUUCAUCGAGUAAUGUUCCACCAAUGGUUGAUAUUUCACCAUACAUGCCUAUUCAAGGACAACGAAGAAAUCAAUCUGAAAAGAAAAAAAAAUCUAAAUCUUCAGAUGGUGUUACUUCAUUUUUUAAAGUAUUUAAAUAAGUAAAAAUGUGAUAUUUGUUUUUGUAUUAUUAGUUUUAAAAUAUGUCUUUAUAAUAAUUAUAAAUCAAAAUAUUUUCUGUUAUUCCACCAAAUUUUUCAACUGUGUUCAUGGUUUUUCUUUAUUUAUUUAUCUAUAAUGUUAAAUUGAAGUUUUCAAUUUUUAUCUAAGAAAAAUUAUAGAUAGUAUUCAUAAUUAUAAUUUGAAGUAUUAUUAGUUAUUUUCAUAAUGUGAAAUUAAAAUGAAUUUAAUAUACUUAUAUCUAAAUUAUCUCAAUUACAA